AAUUCGAUAUCAACUCUCUCCAUUCUGAUGGAUGCCCAAAAGUUAUCAUUUCUUCUCAAAUCUUGCAUUUCAAACAAAUCUCUGUCCCAAGGAAAGCUCCUCCACUCUAAAUCCAUCCCUCUCGGUCUCCAACAAAAUCUCCACCUCUCCAAAUCCCUAAUCAAUUUCUACAUCUCCUUCAAUCUCUUCGACUCUGCGAAGCUCGUUCUCCAAACCAUCGAAAACCGAUCGGAAACCUCCUUAUGGAAUUCUCUCAUUGCUGCGUACUCCAAGAAUCACAUGCAAAAACAAGCCCUUCUGCUCUUUGCCAAGCUUCAUCGAAGCCCAUCCCUUAAACCUGAUAUCUACACGUACCCGAGUGCUCUAAAGGCCUGUGGUGCAUCGGGCAAUAUCAAGAAUGGGAAGAUGAUCCAUGCCCAUUUUCUGAAAUCGGGUUUCGGAACCGAUAUUGUAGCGUCAAGCUCUCUGGUUGGGAUGUAUGCCAAAUGUGGUCUUUUUGACUUUGCAGCUAGGGUGUUUGAUGAAAUGUCUGAGAAGGAUGUGGCAAGCUGGAAUACUGUAAUCUCGUGCUAUUAUCAGGAUGGACAAGCUCAGAAAGCUUUGGAAAUGUUUGAUAGAAUGGUUGAUCAGGGAUUUAAACCUGAUCCUGUGACGUUCACAAUGGCUUUAUCCGCGUGUGCAAGGGUAUCAGAUUUGGAAAAGGGGAGGAGGAUUCAUGAAGAGUUGGUGAGAAAUGGGGUUGAGUUGGAUGAGUUUGUUGGUUCUGCUCUUGUGGAUAUGUAUGGAAAAUGUGGGUGUGUAAAGGGUGGGAGAGAGGUUUUUGAGGAGAUACCAAUGAAGAAUGUUAUAACUUGGAACACGGUGAUUGGUGCUUAUUCUUUAACUGGGGAUAGCUAUUCUUGUUUGGAACUUUUCUCUAGGAUGAAUAAAGAAGGGAUUCAGCCGACAGUGACUACUGUAAGUAACUUGUUACUAGCUUUCUCCAGGAGCUCAGAUCUUAGGAAUGGCAAGUUUAUUCAUGGAUAUACGCUUAGGAAACAAAUAGAUGAUAUUUUCGCCAACAGUUUGCUUAUCGACCUUUAUUUCAAAUGUGAAAAUGUUAAUUACGCUGAAUCUUUGUUCGAGAGAAUGCCAAAGGAAAACACAGUGACAUGGAAUGUGAUGAUAUCUGGUUAUGUAGCAACCGGUCUUUACUUUAAAGCUCUUAAUGCUUUCAAUGAAAUGAGAAUGUAUAGUAUCAGACUGGAUGCAUUUUCAUUUGCAAGUGUUUUAUCUGCUUGCGCACAACUGGCAGCUAUUGAACAAGGGAAGGAGAUCCAUAAGCAAAUCAGUGACUGUAAUUUGGAGUCUCACGAGAUUGUUAUGUGCGCUCUUCUUGAUAUGUAUGCAAAGUGUGGAGCAGUCAAGGAAGCAAGAUUAGUUUUUGAUGGAUUGCAGUUCAAGGACAAAGUGUCAUGGACUUCCAUGAUAACUGCUUAUGGAUCCCAUGGCCAAGCUUCCGAAGCUUUGGAGAUUUUCAAUGAAAUGGUGAGAUCAAAUGUAAGACCAGACAAUGUCGCAUUUCUUGGAGUUCUCUCUGCUUGUAGCCAUGCUGGAUUAGUUGAUGAAGGCUGUUAUUACUUCAACCAAAUGACAAACUACUAUGGAAUUAAACCAGGUGUUGAGCAUUUCUCAUGCUUAGUUGAUCUUUUAGGGCGAGCUGGAAGGUUGAAAGAAGCACUAGAGAUUCUUAAAAGCAUGACUAAUAUUAAAUUAGAUGCUGGUUUGUUAGGUUCUUUGUUCUCUGCAUGUAGCUUACAUGGGAACUUGGAGUUAGGAGAGGAACUUGCUAGGUUUCUUGUCGAGAUGGACCCGGAUGAUCACUUUACUUAUGUAGUUCUAUCUAACAUGUAUGCUUCUGCUGGAAAAUGGACUGAGGUCCGCAAGAUGAGAUCAGCGAUUAAAGAGAGAGGAUUAAAGAAAAACCCUGGGUGUAGUUGGAUUGAGAUUGACAAGGAAAUCCACCAGUUUUAUGCAGAUGAUGAUUCACAUCAACAGACUGAGUGGAUAUAUGAAUGUUUGGAGAAACUUUUGAGGAAUAUGGAGGAGGAUAAAUGUGAUUUGUUCGGAAUAGUAAACAGUUGGAUGGAUGAGAAAAUAUUUGAGUAGAGUGGUUAUUUUCUUUUAGGUCGCCAACAGUACCAAUUGAACUUUCAUGCAGUAGCGCUUAAAUUUUCAGAUGCACUUCGAGGAUAAGGUGAUGACUGAAAGUGGGGGUAUAGUGGCUUCCAGAAUUCGAAGAAAGGAGUCAUUGCUUGGAACAACAGUUUAUUUGAAGCCACUGUGUCAAAUUCCCCUGAGCUGUGGUUUUUGCCGUUUGGUUUUGGCAACAAGAGUGAUGCUACUGUUGGUAUUCCUCUUGAAUCAGUGAAUGGUGUUGAUUUGAUUAGGAAAUCAUACGUGCACAACGCAAAGGAGGAGAAGGACCUUGCUUCUCAUUGCUAAAUAUCUUCAGGUCAUGUUAUAUGUUUUAUCUUUGUAGCCCUUAGCAAGGGAUUGUGGGUUGUACAUAUCUUGUUGAAAAUCUUGUAAAAGCCAAAAGUGAAAUUGAUCAUUAUUAAAACCAAACACAUCAAUAAAGUUCACACGGUUUACUUUUUCGAAUAAUCCUUGUCAAAACCAUUUAGAUAAUUGUAGUAAUACAUUAGUCUUAUUUAAAAAUCUCGCUGAAGCCAAAAUAGAAUGGUAAUUAUUUUAAAUCACACACAUCAAGAGUUUAACACAUGAUUUACUACUUUAAUGAUCUCAUUAAGUUCCUACUAAUUCAAUGUGUGUGGAUUAGGCCAAAUAACAACCGCAACCUUUUGACUGCUCGAGUUUAAUUUAACCACUAAAGGAAUGAUAAUCUCACAACCUAGGUUGCAUGCCAUUAAACAUAAUGGUGAUGAAUGGAUUGAAUUUGAGCUAGAGCCUCAAAGUUUUCUUUUAUUCCUCGUAGAGCAAGCAAUACAGGUAAUAAUGGGUGUGAUUAAGAGCAGGAUUUUGACUAUCUGGGGGACUGUAUACAUUGGAAAUUACAUGGUGGAGGCUAGUGUGAGGCUGGAUCACCCCACAUUUGCUCUCGUAAGAAAAUCUACAGUCCUUGAGUUGGGCGCUAAAAGGGCUAAGCUCAUUGAGACAUUCAAAAACUCCGGUGUCACUUUGCUUAUAAUGAACUAUAAUUACAACGUGUAUAAUUAUGUUGUCUUUCAUAAAUUUAUAAGUAUUACAUGUUUUCAGUGUAGGGAGAUAUGUAUGAUUAUAAGAGCAUGGUAAAAGCAAGAAAGUGGAUAUAGUGAUCUCCAAGUUGCUGUAUAAAUCACUUCAACAGUCAGCUGAUCAAGUUAACAUCGUUGAUGCCAUUAAAGAAGCUGGAAAUGUCAAGUUAUUUUUGUGAGGGAAGAAAAUAUUGCAACAUACACAAUAAAAGCUGCUUGGUGACCCGAGAGCCAUGAACAAGAUCUUAUAUAUGAAACUACAGGCCAACACAUACUCUCACAAUGAGCUCAUCCAUCUGCAGGAGAAGUAAGACUGGGAAAGACUUUGUAGAGGAUCUAUAUGCCUGAAGAAGUGGAUCUGAAGUAAAUACGAGGAAGACAAGUCCUCGUUUUUACAUAGAAGGAGAGAUAUUUGAGGAGCUUUCAAAAGUUGAAGGGCUCAAUGAGGACGCAUAGCUUGUAGCCUACAACUAUCUUACUGAGGAUGCGGCUCGAGGAAGGAACUUCAUUGGGUUACCAAUUCAUCGGAGGAAAAUAUGGUUGGAGAUUAAGCUUGGAUGGGAAUCACACAAUGUUGGUAUCAGUACUAGGAGGAGAUGAAGAAUGCGAGAUUGAUGUUUUGAUGGGCUCACUAACGUCAAAAACCAAAAACCAAGGACUUUGGCAUCUCUCUCUCUCUCUCUCUCUCUCUCUCUCUCUCUCUCUCUCUCUCUCUCUCUCUCUCUGGUUAAGGUUCUCUAUAUGAAAUUGAUUGUAAUAGAUUUUGUUGGUUAAGAUCUUCUAUAUAAAAUUGAUUGUAAUAGAUUUUGUGACUAGAAAUGAAUUGUACUUUAUAUUAGGAAUAUCAUGACAUUUACUUCAGAUU